UGCCCCCCGCUGCCGCCGCCGCCGACGAUGGACCCGAACCCGAAGACCCACCCGGUCCUCUCCUACGUCAUGGCCCGCCUCCCCUCCAUCGGCCCCCGCUUCACCCCUCCACCCGCCCCCUCCGACGCCUUCGACAUCGAGCAGCCUCCUCCGCCGCCCGACCUCUCCUCCUCCUCGUCGUCGUCCUCGUCGCCGCCGCUUCCGCCCCGGAUCACCGACCAGAUGCCCCACCUCGCCCACCCCAAGCUCCUGGCCUCCAUGGCCAGCGCCGUCGCCGACGUCGCCCAGACCCGAUCCGUGCUCAAGACCCUCGGCGACCGCCCCGACCACGAGGCCGUCGACAAUGCCCGGGCGAGGCUGGCGGAGGUCGAGUCCGCCCUGUCGAAGCGGCUCGAGGCGAUCGUGCUGUCCCCGCGCCCGCCCGACGUCGACCGGCUCGAGUGGCGGGCGCACCUGGCGGAGAAGGAGAGGGAGUGCCGCGAGGCGGCGGAGAGGGAGAGGAGCGCGCACAGGGCGGUGAUCUCGCUCGACGAGAUGCACGAGGCGUACGCGAGGAUGUUGAGGGAGGCGGAGGAUAGGCUGGUGAAGAUGUACGACUCUGCCGUCGUCGUACAGAACGAUGGGGAGUGCGAUUUGAAUGUGGCGGAGGAGGUGAACGAGGAGGUCGUGGGGAUACUGCAGGAGGGGACGGGGAAUGGGAACGGAGGCUUGGACAGGGUUGAUUUGUCCGGGAGGAGGUUGCGGAUCCUGCCGGAGGCGUUCGGGCAGAUUGUCGGAUUGGUCGUGCUUAAUUUGUCAAAUAAUCAGCUUGAGACCAUUCCUGACUCCAUAGCUGGGUUAGCAAAUCUGGAGGAGCUUAACGUUUCCUCAAAUCUCUUGGAUUUUCUGCCGCACUCAAUUGGGCUGCUGCAGAAGCUUAAAAUUCUCAACGUAUCAAGCAACAAACUUGCUUCCUUACCGGACAGUAUCUGUCACUGCCGAUCAUUGGUGGAGCUGGAUGUGAGUUUCAACAACCUCUCUUACUUGCCAACCAACAUUGGUUAUGAGUUGCCCAAUCUACAGAGGAUUUGUAUCCAAUAUAACAAGAUCCGUUCGUUACCAACUUCCGUCUGUGAAAUGUACUCUUUGCGGCAUUUGGAUGCUCACUUCAAUGAGCUUCGUGGACUACCAGCUGCUAUUGGGAAAUUGACAAACCUUGAGUUUCUUAAUCUGAGCAGUAAUUUUAGCGACCUUACAGAACUUCCUGACACGUUUGGGGACUUGAUAAACCUCAAGGAGCUUGAUCUAAGCAACAACCAGAUUAAUGCUCUUCCAGACACCUUUGGUCGGCUUGACAACUUGGCCAAGCUUAAUCUGGACGAGAAUCCCCUAGUAAUACCCCCGGUGGAAAUUGUCAAAGAGGGGGUUGAAGCUGUGAAGGUAUUCAUGGCUAAGAGAUGGUUCGACACUCUGGUGGAGGAAGAGAGGAGGAGCAUGCUCGAGGUGAAAGAACCGGCACAAACUGGUUGGUUGACACGCAGCACCUCUUGGUUGAAAGAUGUUGUUUCGGAUGUUUCGGGGAGUGUUUCUGGAUAUUUGGGCUCCCCCAGGACUCCAAGGGACCCCUAUCUUGAUCAGCAACUAUGAUUAGGGGAUUGAAGAAUUCUCCGAGUUACAAGCCUUCUUGUGAUGGCAUGAGCAUGAGAUCUGAUGAAAGAGCGAAAAGGUUAGAUGUAGGCUUCAGAUUAUUCUAAUAUCUCUAGCUUGAGCUAUGGAGAAAGCUCAGAAGUUUUGCUCUCCUUGGGUUACAUUUUAAUGAGGGGUUAUGCAGGAAACAAAUGGUCGCAAAAAGCCGCUGCAUGAUUCGUUUUGGAUAGUAUCAUCUCAUGGAUGUAAAUCGAAGUCGCCGGGAAGUUUCAGGGUGUUUUUAGGGCAGAUACUUUUCCUAGCGUUUUUUUCACAUAAAGAUUGAAUCUUUUGUAAUGAAAUUUUCUCUGAUGGCCGAUGACAUCUACUGUUUUUCGGGUUUCGCAAUUCGGUAA